GCUUCUGCGGCAGAGCCCGAGGACGGAACAGAGCGCCGGUCCCUGGCCGGGCGCGAGCUGGGGGCGGCGCCGGGGCGGCGGGGGCGGGGAGGGCGCGCGCCGAGGCGGCUGCGGCAGUUGCGCGCUAGGAUUGCUGCGGUGCGGCGGGGCCGAAUUCAUCAUACAAAUAAAAUGACUACUUCCUGGAGUGAUCGAUUACAGAAUGCAGCGGAUGUGCCUGCUAACAUGGAUAAGCAUGCCUUGAAAAAAUAUCGCCGAGAAGCCUAUCACCGGGUGUUUGUGAACCGAAGUUUAGCCAUGGAAAAAAUUAAGUGUUUUGGUUUUGAUAUGGAUUAUACUCUUGCUGUGUACAAGUCUCCAGAAUAUGAAUCCCUUGGCUUCGAGCUUACCGUGGAGAGGUUAGUUUCCAUUGGCUAUCCUCAGGAGCUGCUCAGUUUUGCAUAUGAUUCUACAUUCCCUACCAGAGGACUUGUCUUUGACACACUUUACGGAAAUCUUUUGAAAGUUGAUGCCUAUGGAAACCUUUUGGUUUGUGCACAUGGAUUUAACUUCAUAAAAGGACCAGAAACUAGAGAGCAGUAUCCAAAUAAAUUUAUCCAACGAGAUGACACUGAACGGUUUUACAUUUUGAACACACUAUUCAAUCUUCCAGAGACCUACCUGUUGGCCUGCCUAGUAGAUUUUUUUACUAAUUGUCCAAGAUAUACCAGUUGUGACACAGGAUUUAAAGAUGGGGACCUCUUCAUGUCGUACCGGAGCAUGUUUCAGGAUGUAAGGGACGCAGUCGACUGGGUCCAUUACAAGGGCUCCCUUAAGGAAAAGACAGUUGAAAAUCUUGAGAAGUAUGUAGUCAAAGAUGGGAAAUUGCCAUUGCUUCUGAGCCGGAUGAAGGAAGUAGGGAAAGUGUUUCUUGCCACUAACAGUGACUACAAAUACACGGAUAAAAUCAUGACUUACCUGUUUGAUUUCCCACAUGGACCCAAGCCGGGAAGCUCCCAUCGACCGUGGCAGUCUUACUUUGAUCUGAUUUUAGUGGAUGCACGGAAACCGCUCUUUUUUGGAGAAGGCACAGUACUACGUCAGGUGGAUACUAAAACUGGAAAACUGAAAAUUGGUACCUACACAGGCCCCCUGCAGCACGGCAUCGUCUACUCAGGAGGCUCAUCUGAUACAAUCUGUGAUCUGUUGGGAGCCAAGGGCAAAGACAUUUUGUACAUCGGAGAUCACAUUUUUGGAGACAUUUUGAAGUCAAAGAAACGGCAGGGGUGGAGGACUUUCUUGGUGAUUCCUGAGCUUGCACAAGAGCUCCACGUCUGGACCGACAAGAGUUCACUUUUCGAAGAACUUCAGAGCUUGGAUAUUUUCUUGGCUGAACUCUACAAGCACCUUGACAGCAGUAGCAAUGAGCGCCCAGACAUUAGUUCCAUCCAGAGACGCAUUAAGAAAGUAACUCACGACAUGGACAUGUGCUACGGGAUGAUGGGAAGCCUUUUCCGUAGUGGCUCCCGGCAGACACUCUUUGCCAGUCAAGUGAUGCGGUAUGCUGACCUCUACGCGGCAUCGUUCAUCAACCUGCUGUACUACCCGUUCAGCUACCUCUUCAGAGCCGCCCAUGUCCUGAUGCCUCAUGAAUCAACAGUGGAGCACACGCAUGUGGAUAUCAACGAGAUGGAAUCCCCUCUCGCCACCCGGAACCGCACAUCCGUGGAUUUCAAAGACACCGACUACAAACGUCAUCAGCUUACAAGGUCCAUUAGUGAGAUUAAGCCCCCCAACCUCUUCCCACUGGCUCCCCAGGAGAUCACACACUGCCAUGACGAAGAUGAUGAUGAAGAGGAGGAAGAGGAAGAAUAAGGAGGCAAACUAAAACCCUGAGCACCUAUCAGCAAGUCUGGCAGGACUCACGGGCAAGGGGUGGCCUUUAGAUUCUGUUAGGGAGGGUGGGAGGACCUCAUCAGAAGUACAUUUGGAAAGUUUCUUAAGGCUUUAAAUAAUUCUAAUCAUAGCUACUCACUUGAGUUUUGUGUAUCUGUAUUCUCUGCAGAUUGUUAAACUGUAGGAAGGAAGGUAAAAAGUCAGGUGGGUCUGCAUGCAGACGGCACCGGUCAUCAGUGUGCCAUCUGCAUACACUGAGGUAGGAAAGGCUUUCAGAGCAGAGCUGAAGCCUGGUGGGAAGAGGUGAGCCACAAUAUCGUAUUACUACAAACUGUGCUAUUGUUCCACACCCCUUUUCCAGUGCAUUAUACAGUAUUGUACAUCAGUGGAGAAAUACACUGUCUUCAUGAUCCAGUGUAGUCCGGCUUCUGGGUUUCCCUGGUGGCCCUGGCAAGGCUGCUACUGUGUUGAUGCCUUCUUGGGUUUCCCUGCUGCAGGGUGAUUUUAGGGAGACCGCAGGGGUUUGAAUUUGAGGCAGAAGUCCUCAUCCUUGAUUUUAAAAAAUUGGUAGCACAAAUGUGUUUUGGUUAUAUAAAAACAAUCCUUUUGGGGAAUGUAGCUGAAGAUACAGCGGUGCAAGUUCCCAGAGAACAGCAGCUGCUACCAGAGCUGCCUUCAUCAGCGCAGACCGCAGGGGCAUCCUGCUCCUAGGCACAUGUGUGGGAGGGGCUCUACAGCAAAAGGCACCGUUAGUAUCUUAGUAUCGGUUCACUGGAGAAUACUGCGGGAAAUUACUCCCGCUCUCAAUGAAGCAGCAGCCUGUGAAUAUGCAGUCACGUGACCGCCGGGCCAGGGCAGGGAGUCGUCCAACACUUGGAAUACUUUUGUAGAUUGUAGCUUUAGCUUUCAUUUGUUUUCUUCCAUUCUUGGCUACGGUCACUGGAGUACUGGCUGCUCUAGAGCUCAGUAAAGUGUAUGUCUAAUGCUGACACCCUUGUAUAGAACAACUGUCAACUGUCACAGCCGUUGGUCUGCAGAUGGCUUUAGGGUUGGCAUGCUCUCAAGGGAAAUUACAUUUUCAAAAUUGCUAACUAUGUCACUUUUAGUUGAAGAACUUGCUUUUGUGAACAGUGUUUCAUAGGUAUAAAGAUUUUUUUCUAAGACAAAGUUUAUCUAUGUACCCCUGGCUGUCUUGGAACUCCCAAUGUAGAACAGACUGGCCUUGAAUUCACAGAGAUGUUCCUGCCUCUGCCUCCUGAGCUCUGGGAUUAAAGGCGUGCUCUAACCU